UUUCAUCAGGCACCGCGAGUGCGUCCCAGGCCAAUUCUCUGCAGGCAUUAAUCCGGCCGCCUGCCGGUCCUUCCUCCUUUUCUACGUCCCUGAGCGAGGCCGACGUAAAGAUGAAUGACACAGUGACAGUCAGGACCCGCAAGUUCAUGACGAACCGGCUGCUUCAGAGGAAGCAAAUGGUCGUCGACGUCCUGCAUCCCGGCAAGGCCACGGUCCCCAAGACUGAAAUCAGGGAGAAACUCGCCAAGAUGUACAAGACCACCCCCGAUGUCGUGUUCGUCUUUGGCUUCAGGACUCAGUUUGGCGGCGGCAAGACCACAGGCUUCGCCAUGGUGUACGACUCCCUAGACUAUGCGAAGAAGAACGAGCCCAAGCACAGGCUGGCAAGGCAUGGACUCUAUGAGAAAAAGAAGUCUUCAAGGAAACAGCGCAAGGAACGCAAGAACAGAAUGAAGAAAGUACGAGGCAUCAAGAAGGCCAGUGUGGGUGCUGCUGGCAAAAAGUGAGCCCGGACAGCCAGGGAGGGUCUUUGUGCUCGACAUGUUCUUGUAUAUUGUCAUCAAAUAAAAAUUUGGAAAAAAUUGAAAAAAAAAAAAAAAAGGCUCUAUGGUGAAUUCAUUUGAACAACUGCCCUGUGGCUGAGCUCGGCUCAUGUUUUUAGACCAUGACUGUAAAACCACCGGAGAUGUUUUGGCAUUUCUGUAAAAAUCUGAAUACCUUUUUGUGUUCACACCAGACAGUUUUCAUCAGUUUUCAUUUUCAUUUAUAUAUUAGAUUUCUUAGAUUUCUACAGGGAUACUGUAGUACCCAGUACAAUACAUAACUUGAAAGGAAUAUGGUUUUGAUUCAUAUUUAAUUACAGUUACUAGAAGUUCAAACUUCAACUCUGAUACUGACAUCUAGUGGUUUUGCAGUGACAUUACUUUACAGCAGUGAAUGGUUGAAGUGUCAUUUAGUAGCUUUAAUGUUAUUUGAAUGUGGUUUGUUAGUGUCAACAGUAAUGAUGGCUUAAAUUUAUUUUCCCAAUUUUUUUUCUAAGACAGAACAUACCACAGUGAGGGCCAUUUUCUCUAAUGUAUUUUAAUGUCUUCACUUAUUUUGCAAAUGCACUAGUUUUACAGUAUUUUGAAUUCAUUGGUUUAUUAGUAUUUAUGUCGGAUAAAGUAUUCACCACAAAUCCCCUGUUGAAUGAAUUGUACUAAUAUGCAGAUAAACCUGUGUGAGCGCGCGUG